AUGACAGCGGUGAAGAGUGACCGUCUACAGUAUUGUACUGAUGACUUUGGCAAUCCCAUCUAUGCCAGGGUAUGCUGGACGCCCGACACGUCGACUCCGAAACCCAUCGUGAUUAUCCUCCAUGCUGGAGGCUUUGUAAUCGGUAGCGAUGCCAUGAUACCUCAAGUCCAAAUCGACUACCUCACCUCCCACAACUUCGUCGUCGUCAUACCUAAUUACCGUCUCUGCCCUCAAGUCAGCGCUCUCAAAGGUGCAAUACCCGAUACCCACGCUUCUUACGACUUCUGCAAAUCAACCCUUGGAUCCCUUAUGCUCUCUACCUAUAACAUCGACGUGGACGCCUCAAAGAUCGCAGCUAUGGGCAUUUCAGCAGGUGGCUUGUUAGCUCUCCAUCUAGCAGCACGUGGAGAAACAAACAUCAAAGCCGUUACUGUCCUCUAUCCCUCGCUCUACCUCUCUCAACCAUCUCUGUCUCGUACUAAUGAGCCCUACAACCUGCCGCCCUACAAUCAAGCUCCAGAAUUCACACCUACACCGGAAGAUCGGAAUCAACUCUGCCCACCUGACAAACAAAUCUCCGAAGCCGGCUUACCUAUUCCAGGAACACAGAUGUCCAUCCGCGUAAGAUUCAUGAUCAACCUACUCAAAACAGGAACCUGGAAUACCGCUAUAACGUCCUCACCCGAGGAACUCGCAGCAUUGGAUCCUUGUUCUGAAUUCACUGAUGCGGGAGCGGUAUGGCCACCUACCUUUUUCAUCCAAGGAGAUCUUGACGAAACACCUGGAUCGAGGAUAGAUCUUGUGGUCAAGGCUGCUGAUGAAUUGAGCCAAGCUGGAGCGGAGGAUGUUCAGGUGGAGAUUGUGCAGGGCGCUAGACAUAUGUUUGAUGCAAUGCCUGGUGUUGGUACGCAAGAUUUAGGACCUGGUUGGUUGGCUGUGAAGAAAGGACUCGAUUUCUUGGUUGCAAGAUGUUAG